GUGUCCCUGCUCCCUCAGUUACAGAAAGUGGCCGCCUCUCUGCUGCUGUCGACCCAAAGCUCACAGACUCACUCGUUGCCUAGACCCGCCAUCUUGGAGUCAGAGAACUGAGAGUCGGCAGCAAGCUACGAGAGAGCGCAAAAGGGGGACACGGGGCCAAGGCCUUUCACAUCUUCUGAACUGACAGUUGUGAUUGGAGAUAAUGAGGAUAUCCAUAUCCCACAUUAGAAAGUGAGUAUCCCUACCUAGUAGGGCCUACAGGUCUCAGUCCUCCAUGGCGUCUGGGGCUGGGCAGGCAGAGGCCGGCGAUGGGGCAGCAUGGUCGUCAUCAGGCCUGGCCAAGCCUCUUCACCUUCAGCACCUGGAGAGAUCCCUACGCCUUGACAGCUUCCUCCGCCAGACCGCCUCAGUCUUCAACAGAGACCUAUCCAGUGAUGACAGCGACGAUGGCGGAUUAGGGGAGGGGCCUUCUCUGAGGCCGGUCAAUCAGCACGCAGCCUUGGCGAUAAAAGAGGAGUCAUGUGACCUGGAUGAGGAGGGGCUUGUUACCGAGGGCACCACCCUCAACGGAACUCCAUCACAAGAACACAAGGAAGACAAAGCCAGUCUAUACAACUUCUCCAAACUCAAGAAGAGCAGGAAAUGGCUCAAGAGUAUCCUGUUGAGCGACGACACCAGUGAGUCAGACACAGAGGACUCUGACUUCAGUCUGUCCAGAGAAGAGCUACAGGACAUGCUCAGACUGCACCAGUUCACCAGGGAGCACCAGAACAAGUUCCACAACGACAGAGAGCUGCAGCAGUAUCAGUACUAUAGUACAGGACUGCUCUCCUCCCAUGACCCUUUCCACGAACAACAGCGCCACCUGCUGGGCCCCAAGAAGAAGAAGAUCAAGGAGGAGAAGAAAUUCAAGGGCAAGUUGAAGAAGGGCAAGAGGAAAAAGAAGAGAGGGGAAGGGGAGUUCUCAGGCGAGGGGCGGCCACAUGUCACCAAGAUCUUCGCCAAGUUUUCCCAUGAUGCCCCUCUUCCCAUGUUGAAGAAGAAACACCUGACCGUAGAGCAGCUGAACGCACGGCGACGGAAAGUCUGGCUCACCAUCGCCAAGAAGGAGUGCCCCAAGGCAUUCAAGCAAAAAGCAUCAGCGAAGAACUUCGUCCUUACCAAUGCCAAAAAGCUGGCCCACCAGUGUAUGCGUGAGGUACGUAGGGCAGCCAUCCAAGCCCAGAAGAACUGUAAAGAAACACUUCCCCGGGCCAGGAGACUGACCAAGGAGAUGACGCUCUACUGGAAGAAAUAUGAGAAGGUGGAGAAGGAACAUAGGAAGAGAGCCGAGAAAGAGGCUCUGGAGCAACGCAAACUGGACGAGGAGCUGAGAGAGGCGAAGCGUCAGCAGCGUAAGCUGAACUUCCUGAUCACCCAGACAGAGCUGUACGCCCACUUCAUGGGGGGCAAGGGUCCCGGGGAGGAGGAUGGGGGAGAGGAGGACAUUCUCAACAAGCUGGACGACACCAACUCUCACAGGCAGAUGACCAUCGGGGGAGGGCUCACGGUCAACGUUGGACAGGAGGACUAUGAUAGUGAAUACUACAAGUCUCAGGCCUUAAGGAAAGCUAAAGAAGCCUACGAGAUACACCAGGCCAGAACACGUCUCUUUGACGAGGAGGCUAAGGACAGUCGCUGUGCCUCCCUGCACCAGGCCAGUGGGGGGUCGGGGUCAGGGUUCGGGGAGAGCUACAGCCUGUCUAACCCUUCUAUCCAGGCCGGAGAGGACAUCCCCCAGCCAACCAUCUUCAACGGGAAAUUAAAGGGAUACCAGCUGAAAGGCAUGAACUGGCUGGCUAACCUCUACGAACAGGGUAUCAAUGGUAUCCUAGCAGAUGAGAUGGGCCUGGGGAAGACUGUCCAGAGCAUCGCUCUGCUGGGUCACCUGGCUGAGCGUGACAACAUCUGGGGUCCGUUCCUCAUCAUCUCUCCUGCCUCCACACUGAAUAACUGGCACCAGGAGUUUACACGCUUUGUCCCCAAAUUCAAGGUUCUGCCGUACUGGGGGAACCCUCACGACCGCAAAGUGAUCCGGAAGUUCUGGAGCCAGAAAACCCUGUACACCCAGAAUGCUCCGUUCCACGUGGUGAUCACCAGUUACCAGCUGGUAGUUCAGGAUGUCAAGUACUUCCAGAGGGUCAAGUGGCAGUACAUGGUUCUAGAUGAAGCCCAGGCCCUAAAGAGCAGCACCAGUGUUCGUUGGAAGAUCUUGCUGCAGUUUCAGUGUAGAAACAGACUGUUGCUCACUGGAACGCCCAUACAGAACACUAUGGCAGAGUUGUGGGCCCUGCUGCAUUUCAUCAUGCCUACGUUGUUUGACUCUCACGAGGAGUUUAAUGAAUGGUUCUCUAAAGACAUCGAGAGCCAUGCAGAGAACAAGUCUGCCAUCGACGAGAAUCAGCUGUCCAGGCUCCAUAUGAUCCUGAAACCCUUCAUGUUGAGGAGGAUCAAGAAGGACGUCGAGAACGAGCUCUCUGACAAGAUUGAGAUCCUAACAUACUGCCAGUUGACGUGUAGACAGAGGCUGCUCUACAGAGCUCUGAGGAACAAGAUCUCCAUCGAGGAUCUUCUCCAGUCGUCUAUGGGCUCAUCUCAGCAGGCUCACAGUACUACCUCGUCCCUUAUGAACCUGGUCAUGCAGUUCAGAAAGGUCUGUAACCACCCGGACCUGUUUGAGCGCCAGGAAACUCGUUCUCCCUUCCACAUGUCACUGAGACCCUACGUCAUGUCCAAGUUCCUCUACCGCCACGGACUCACACACACCACCACGCAUACACACAGCAGGAACAAGGUGCUCCAGGUUCUACUGUCUCCCUUCUCUCCUGAUCAUAUUCACCAGUCCCUCUUCCACAGGAAAGGUGAUCAGGAAGGAAGUAGUUUCUCCUUCCUGCGUUUCAUCGACGUUUCGCCGGCAGAGAUGUUUAACGUCAUGCUGCAGGGCACUCUGGUCAGGUGGUUAGCUCUGUUUCUCUCCCUGAAGGCAGCGUACCGGCUCUACCAGAGACGCAUGUGGGGCCUGGAAGAGGAGGUGGGUGGAGGGAGGACAGGAGGAGGAGGAGAGGAGGAAGGGAGCGGGAGGCCCAGGAGUCAGUGUCUCUCUCGGAGGGGUCUGAUCCUCUGGCUGGACCGACCUACUGCUUUCCCCAACACACACACAAGCACAGUGUUACAGAACCUGGUAUUCACCCGUCACAGCCCAGGUCUGAUGGGUCACUGUGAUGUUCUGGUCCACAGUCGAUGCUCUGCCAACUCCACCACCCUACGACCGGGCCAACCCACACAACCACCCAAGUUCCUGCUCACCGCUGUGCCAAGGGUUACGGCAGUUCCCAUGGAGCGGUACUGUGACGACCGCAGCGCUGAGUACGAGUGGCAGGAGACGAGGGCCGGAGGGGGCAUGGCCGCCAAGCACUGCUUCCUGUACGGCUCCCUUGAUCUGGCCUCUGAUUGGAUGUCCCGAGCCAACACUUUCUACCCACGAUGCCCUGGGGGAGUGAUGGCGCUCUACCCCCGGCAUGGCUGGUCCUACAUCAGAAUACCAGACAAGGAGACCCUGAUCACGGACAGUGGGAAGCUGCACACUCUGGAUCUGCUGCUGUGUCGCCUGAAGACUCAGGGACACCGCGUCCUCAUCUACUCCCAGAUGACUCGCAUGAUCGACCUGCUGGAGGAGUACAUGGUGUAUCGUAAACACACCUACAUGCGCCUGGACGGCUCCUCCAAGAUCUCAGAACGCAGAGACAUGGUGGCUGACUUCCAGAGCAGGACUGACAUCUUUGUGUUCCUCCUGAGUACGAGGGCUGGAGGUCUGGGCAUCAACCUGACUGCUGCUGACACUGUGAUCUUCUAUGACAGUGACUGGAACCCUACGGUGGACCAGCAGGCUAUGGACAGAGCUCACCGCCUGGGUCAGACCAAGCAGGUCACUGUGUACCGUCUGAUCUGUCAGCUCACUAUAGAGGAGAGGAUACUGCAGAGGGCCAAGGAGAAGAGUGAGAUCCAGAGGAUGGUGAUCUCUGGGGGGAACUUUAAACCAGACACCCUGAAGCCUAAAGAGGUGGUCAGUCUACUGCUGGACGAUGAGGAGCUGGAGAAGAGACUGCGCGUUCGUCAGGAAGAGAAGACACAACAGGAGGAGUGCAGCAAGGUGAAGGACCGCAGGAGAAAGAGAGAGAAAUACGCUGACAAGAGAAAGAAGGAUGACGAGGACCCUAAGGAUCCUAAGAGGAGGAAAGACGUGAACCUGGUCAUCCCUUACAACCUGUCUGCAGACAACUCUAACCUCUCAGCCGACGGAGAUGAUUCAUUCAUCAGUGUAGACAUGGACGACUCUGCCAUGCCUAGUCCCUUCAGUGAGAUCUCUCUGAGUAGUGAGCUCCAGCCCAGCUCCCUACCUCCAGACCAGGACCCAGACCAGGACCCAGAUCCAGACCAGGAUGAGAGCAGUAGUGACAUGCUAGUCAUCGUAGACGACCCUGUGUCUUCAGCACCACAGUCCAGGGCCACCAACUCGCCUGUCAGCGUGUCCGGAUCUAUGUCGGACAACAUGAACGGUGUGUCUAAUCAGGACACGUCCAGUCCGGGGCGGGGAAGGUCUGGUAGGAGCCGGGGAAGACCCAAAGGCUCUGGGUCCAGUUCUGGAGGCGGAGCCAAGUCUGCAGGGAAGGGGCGUGUCAGGAAGUGGACAGCGGGCAGCGCAGCCGCCAUGGCAGGAGCGAUGGCCGGAGCUGCAGCAGCCUCAGCAGCCUACGGAUACAGUGUGACUAAAGCGGGUCUCCCUGCAGCCUCCCCCCUUCAGCCUUCUCUGGGUCGGUCAGGGACGGCCCCAGCCUUCUCCCCCAGCAGAAGUUCCUCUCCCAAGGGGAAAGGUGGCACUGUGGCCCCCAGCCAGAGUAACCCCCAGCAGAAACAACCAGGACAUAGCCACCACCACAGUCAUGUGACAGGAAGGAAGGGCAAGGGACCUGGCGCACCUGGCGCUCGAUAGCAUGUAGAGAUGAUGGACAUCAACACAGUACACACACACACACACACACACACACACACACACACACACACACACACACACACACACACACACACACACACACACACACACACACACACACACACACACACACACAGUCCUAAGGAUCUGAUGGAGACCAGGAUGGUCCAGCCCUUCUGCUAUUGUGGAGAGUCUUCUGUGUUUUAAACAAACACAUCUGCUGCAUUGACCAGCUUCAACUGUGAGCCCAUGUGACCUGCUCCACAACCAAUCAACCCAGAGGUGAGAUGUUCCUUAACCAAUCACAUACCUUACUGCCUGGAGGACCAUGCUAUCCCGGGAAGGCGUAGCGACGGAACAAAUGAGCACUGUCGGGCAUGAUGGAAACUAAACUAUUCUGUGUGUACACACACACACACACACAAACCAUCAUCGCAAGGUCCAAAAGACACCCUCAUCGCUUCCACCAAUCACCUCGUCCUUCCCUUCCAACAAUCACCUCUUCCUUCCAUUAGUACCCUCCUCAGUGGACAGCCUCCAGUGUGUGUGUGUGUGUGUGUGUGUUGUGACCAAGAGUAUUAGAGUAUUUCAAAGUGGUUUCUCUGUGACGAAAAUCGACUUGGUUUUCUGUGUAAAUACGGAGAAGCGACCUGUCGGUGCUGUAUUGAGAGCUCUGUCUUCAGCAGACAGACGGCCUUUAAGGCAACACCUUACAGCAACAAUGCAUCCACACAUUGAAGGGUGUCUGACACAGACUGCUCUCUCCACUGAGCCAUCUCAUCCGUUAGAUAAAACACGUGUUUAGCGUUGGGUCGUAUGUGUAAAACCCGUAGUGAUGCUGGAACUACUCUUCUCUGCAUUUCAACAACAGAAUGUAAAUUCGUACCAAACGUACUAAAGACGGACGGACUGCUUUUUUAAUUAUAGCUCUUAUUUUUAUAUUUAUAGACCAACCGAUGUUGUCAUAGCGACCCAUAUCAAAAUGGCAAAUUUGAAUAGCGUUUUGAAAAAAAGCCUCUCUCUCUCCUUUCUCCAUAGAGUUUAUCCCAUCACAAUGAUAAAUGAAGGAAUUAUAAUAUAUAUUUUUUCUGAUGAGAACUGAUUGAAGGGGUAUUUUGAAUUCCAAAGUGGUGAUCACUGCUUAAUAAAGAUCUGUUGCUGAUCUGUUUGUGUACAACUCUCGUGUGCUUCUGAAAUGACACCCUGUUCACUGUACCGUGCCCUACUUUUUGAUUCAACUCUGGCCAAAAGUAGUACACUAUUUCAGGAAUAGGAUGCCAUUUCAGUUGCAACUUAAUAUGGGCGUCCUUUAAAACUGAACAUGGAUUGUAAUAUGUACCAUAGAACUGAAGUUAAUUUAAAAGUUGGUCAUAAUUUAUCAGAAUUCAUGUCAACAUUGUAAAAAAAAUAAAAAAACAUGUAAUUGAUGCCAUUUUUAUUUUUAAAAAACAGAAAGAGAAAAAAAAAAGAGUUCUACUUCUGAUCAGUCUUUUGUCUUUGUGAUGUCAUUCAGUGAUGUUUUGGGGUAUGUUGACUCAUGUUAAUUAAAAGUUGUUGAACUAGGGUUGCCAAAUCCUGGUAACUUUUCCACAUUUCCCCCAUUUUAUUUUAUUAUUUUAUUUGUUUUAUUUAUUUUUUUCCCCCAGAAGUACCGGUUGGAGGGUUCUCUGAAUUUCUGCUUUGUCAUUCCCUCGUAAGGAUUUCUAGAAAACCGGGGAAAGUUUGGGAAAGUUAGCGUAAUUGUGCAACCCUAUGUGGAACCAAGCACUAUGUCUAGUUUUGAACGUUUGUUCUGUGUUGGAUACUAUAGUGUGAUGAUGAAAUCUCUUCUAUAACAUGUAAAUAAAAAAUUGAGGGCGACAUGUGUUGACCCCUGGUUGGUUCUUCCCCCAGUUUGCCUGUCUAUUUUUAUAGGUCAUGUGUAAAUAUGAAUACAAAGCUGUCAUUUUACUAACCGGAGAAGCCAAUUCAAAAUAAAAGAUUGAUUAAUCAA